CUCUGUUCGAUUCGUCUGAGAGAGAAUUUUUGGCAGAACAUUUUACAUUUUUAUCAAGCUUUUUUGAGAGAUGUUUGGACAAUAUCAGAGAAGCUUCUCAAAGGUGUUUUUAUACAAAUUUUGGAAUGAUAAAAGAGAAGAAGACGAAGAUGGUAGAAGUAGAAAAACAUGAUCCAGACACGUGUCCGAUGAUUGUGAGUCAAGUGAAGAAACAAAUACCCAAGAUGAGAACAGUGAAGUCAAAGAAGAUUAAAGUUGCUGCAUUAAACAACAAGUUACCCAGUGUUACUACAUGUGAGUCAUCAGGGAACAUCAUGAAGCUUUGUGUGAAUCUGAUGCCUGUUCUGGCUGCAGCCAAGGAGCCUGAGGAGGAGGAAGAGUCCAACAGCUGCACAAGGAAAAAGGAAACAAGCUGCAAAAAUCACCCAUCUGUCACUGAACCAGUGGAACAAACACUCAGUUCUUUAACAGGAUUAUAUCUGGACACCAAACAGCCACUGAGCCACUUUAUGCUGCCACCUAUUACUGAACCUGAACCAGCUGCUAGGAGGCGCCUCACUCCUCGACGCCUCACUCCUCUGCCUCCCAUCCUUUUAUCUGAGCAAUCAGUCUCUUCAGAAGUGUCUCUAAAAGGCUGCAGAGGGAACGGGUUAGCUCCAGGACCAGUACCAGACAGCAGGCCCUGGAUAGACAACCCCCUCUUCUCUAAGAGUAGAUCUCCUGAGUUUCGUCUCCCUGACAUCUCGUUGUCCAGCCUGGACGCUCUGCUGCAGACAGUCACUCAGAAACUGAGGAGGAGGAGGAGAGUCAGUGAUGAAGGACAGUGGAGACGUGUCCAGUCUGAUCCAGGUCUGAGAGAGAAGAGAAUCACAGAAGAGAGCAGAAACCUGAACAACAUUGAAGCAGUGAGAUCAGUGGGUGGAGGCAGACGGAGACUCCCUCCGCUUUUAUCUGCACCAGAACCAACCCUCAUCAUCCUCACCAUGACGAAGAAAACCUCCUGAUUCAUCAUCAACAACAAACAUACAGUGUUUUUAGAAAAUGAUAAACCAUAUACGUUUAUUUUCCUUCAGAACAAAACAUUCACAACAGACGUAUACCCGUGUUUCUGUUUCUAUGCUAGCGUAUAUUAUCUUCAGUAUAUGAAGCACAUCUUAUAGUAGAUGCACAGAUAAAUUAUUAAAUGUUCAAGUUGAACUUUUCGAGCAUUAACACCUUAAAAGUACAUUCAGUAGUACAGCGUUUUAUUCCUAAAUCAUCUUCAUCUUUAACUUCUGCAUCAUUUCAGCUCUUUCAACACAUCAAACCUUUUUAAACAUUAUUUUUUAUAUUGUAACAGUUCUGAUACUUUGUUUGCCUCAUGCCUAUAGUUGUAACAAUCUUUGAAUAUGUAACAUUAUAGUGCAGUAACAAUCAGCUCUGGACAUUUAGUCAGCUGUUUCAUAUUCCAAUAGAAAAAAAACAACAUACACUUUAUGAAAAGAAACUUAAAUCAGUAAUAAUAAAAGAAACAGCCGCUGAGCAAAGGCAAAACUCUUACGUCUGUUAUUUUACACCUAAGACUGAAACUGUAACUAUUGAUUAUUUGACCGGUUAUCAUUUCUUUUAUUCAAUUUUUUGGUGCUGUAAUUUGGCAUUCUGUAUGUAUAAUAUGGUUUAAUAACAUCUGUGUUUAGCUACAUCUGUGUUUCCGCACAUUUCAAUCGUUUUAUAACUUGAAAAAAAAAUAAUCUAAUAAUCUUUUUUUAAUUUUUAUCUUGUGAUAAUUAAAGCAACUACAAGGUU